UUUCUGUCUCUCCUCUCAACAUCACGACCGACAUCAGCCACACCACGUGGUAGAAGAAAGGGGCAGGUGGUUCCUCCGGAAGAGAAAACACAGGGAGGGGGCCAGGGAUCAAAGCGCGUCGGGUGGCCGGUCCCCCAGGUUGUCGUAAUUUCCGCUCCUUCCGGCUCCUCGACUGUGGAGAGGGUUAAGUCCUGAGCGUGCCGCGGAACGGAAUCCAUCACAACCACAAAAGUUGCACCCCUGCGCAGGACGGCGAGCAUCCUCUGUCACGUGCGAAGCGGCAGCCAGCCCACGGACGGUGCUGUUGUUUUUUGCUUCUACGUAAGAUAGGCCUAUGCUGUUGCUUGGGCGUCUACAUUUGACGGACCGGUGCUGCCGUUUGUGGGCGUCAUACCUAUCAAGCAAUGUCCACGACGUACCGUCAGCUGGUGUUGCGCCUACCGGACGGCCUGAAGGAGACGAUGAGAGAAAGGGUGGCCGCGGACGCGGGAAUGGAAGGGGUCGACUUCACGCCGGAGAAGAAAGGGAGUAGAAGGUUCACGUUCACCAUGGAUGGGAAGAAGUACCCCGCCCGCUUGGUGGACAUGCCGUGCGUCUUGGAAACCCAGAAGACCCUGGACAAGAGGACCUUCUUCAAGAGCGGGGACGUCGGCCAGAUGCUCAUCGUCUACAAGGACGAGAACGCCUACAAGAAGGACGACGGGAACGCUUCCGGGGUCGGCCCGCAGCGCCUGUACCCGGAUGGCCUGACCCCUCCCACCAAGAACAUCGUAAGGAGGCGUUUCGUCAAGGCCCGGCCGGACAGGGGGAAGUUCGACCGAGCGGAGGUAAUUCGCGUGGAAAGCCAGGUGCUGAAGAUGCAGCAGGAUGUCCCCGAAGGCCCGGACAAGAGCAAGAAGGCAGGCUCUAGCGGAGGCAGCGGGAUCACCGCGGGAGGGGGGAUGUCGGGGAGCUCUUCGCGAGGGGGCUCCGCGGACGCGAGCGGGGGGGGUAGCAGCUCUUCGCGGAGUCGCACCUCGAGAAGUAGCGGGGGUGGUGGCGGCAGCAGCGGCGGCGGCGGGGGAGGCGGUGGCGAAGUCGACUGCGAUGGCGUUACCUUCGAGCACGAAGAGAUCGUCCCUUUCGAGCCGUGGAUGGCCGACCCGAAGUUCGCCGCUCUAGGGCGCCUGGAAGGCAUCACGCUCGAGGUCACCGGAACGACGGAGAAGCCCGAAGUAGGCGCGGCCGGGGCGGCCGGCGGAGGCGGCGGCGGGGAGGGGUCGACAGCACCGCGGCUCUUUGGCUCCGAGCUUCUCUACGAACACCCGGAGAUUCUCCUAGCUGUGAGUGAUACGCCCGAGGACCCGACCUUGCAGCCCCCUCGUCCCGCGAAGCCGGCGACGCCGACGACGACGCCGGGGUCUUCGCCGGGGGGGUCCGGGAAGAGGUCGUCGUCCGCGGCGGGAGGGGGGGCGCAAAAGAAGCAGCAGCAGCAGCAGCAGAAGCAGAAGCAGCAGGCUGCCCGGGGGGGGGGCAGCGUUGGAGGCGGGGGCGGGGGCGGCAGAGGGCAGCAGCGGCAGCAGGUGAUGUUUCCGAGCGUCGGGGCGCCGGCUGCGAUGCCUUCCCUGGGCGAGGGCGUCGGGCUAGACCCUGAUGACGCUUCGGCGGUGAUGGAAGACAUGAACGACGCCGAGGAUGUGCUGGGAGUCGAAGACAUUUUCUCGGGCAUGUAGGGGAGCGAGCGAGCGGGGGAGUCUGGCGCAUCGAUUCUGCUGCCGCCGCUGUGUGGUGGUGUUGGCCGAUUUAGCCGAGCUGACGACGGACGUUCUACGGUCUACAACGAACGCAAGCCGUCACUUUGAAGCUAGUUCGUUGCUGGCUUAAAUGAUGCCGCACAACAUCAAGAGUAACACAUCGUCUCAGAGGGGCUCUUUGUGCGUCGGGGCUCGCGCGUGCACGAUCGGGUGAACGUGUGUGCUUUUAUUACUAGCACCGACCGCGCUAUGCGGCUGACCGGUGAAUAGACGCCAGUCUCAGUGCGGUUGAAAAUACGCAACACUUCUAAUGCCGUUAAUUGGGACCCCGUCAGUUGUGUGUGUGUGUGUUUUUUUUUACUGUUGGCAUCGACGGCGCUAACCGAUUGCCCAAUGAAAGGACGUCAGUCUUGAAGCGGGAAAAAUAACGCGAACACGCUUUAAAAACAAACGGUUUUACCGACACAAGACGGGGCGCAGGAAUUCGCACGCAAGUUUUAGUUGUUUUCAUCGACCACGUUAACCGGCAGACAAGUGAAAGGACGUCAGUCCUGUGUGCGUGUGAGCGCUCAGCAUGUGUUCACGACAACUCAUCCACAAUUGAGCAACGAACGGUGGUGAUAGCGUGCACCCAGAAGGGCAUGCACCAGACGCAAGCAACGUAAAGUAACGGCUCGUUGUCGACAGUCGACGAAUCGACCAACACGCCGACCAUGUGCAACACGACGUGGGAACACGCUGCAGCGGCCGCCCAGUUGCUGCGCAACCGAGCACACACCUCUGAAAUUUCGUCCGGGUGGCCCCGUUCAAGACCUCCCCCUGCACGAGUGUGCAGCAGUUCGUUGUUGUGCGCGUUUUUAGUCCCGUCUGUUUUGAGUGCCAGCCUACGCACCCAUCACCCAUCAGUGAAGGCGUGUGCUUGAAGCACCAGCCGAUCGGUCACCCAACAGCGUCUGCCUUAUGUUGGCCUCUCUCGGUAGGGGCUAGAACAUGAUUGAUUCCGGCCAUGCACUGAGAGCGUGUUCUGCUGUGCGGCGCAGUACAGCAAGGAAGCGAGGCUCACUGGCAAGUGAGGAGCAUUUUUCAUUCGGCUUAAAAAUGGCAGGUACCUUGUGUCUAUCUAAAAGCUAAAUACGUACUCCCUUCUUACGGCCGACCGCAGUCGACACGAGAACGAUACCUAUACCGCAAUUGGCUUAUUCUAAAGGUCAAAACCACCACCACCGAGAAUGAAAUGUUCGACUUGAUCGCUACAAAUUUAACUCUCUACAGCAAUUCAACCACAAAACGCAAACAUGCUUGAUUGAUUGCUACAGGAUUGAAUUGCUACACGGUGCCACUUCCUGGAGAAGCCUGCCGACCCCCACUAAAUGUCACAUCAUCAACGUAGAUAUCAGCGGUGGUACAGAAGCAGUCUACAAAACGCAAAUGCCCCAUGGAUUGUAUUGAUUGAAUUGCUACAAGCAGUUCCACUUCCUAUAGAACCCCGAAGCCCGCCGCCGCCUCCACCAAAUGUCACAUCAUCAUCACCGCAGAGGUCGAGUAGUAGCACGCAGAAAAUGCCCACAAGAAUGGCAUUCGUCAAGCUGCCGCAUCUUCUCAUGACGCGGAUGCACAGCAGGCGCGGAACUGAUUUCCCCAUCCCCUAUUUCCUGUCCACCGACACAAGAAA